GAGCAACUCAUAGCGCCCAAACAUGAAGACUACCGCCGUGAUUCUCGCUGUUAUGGUUUUUGCAGCCGUCCUUAUCCAGGACAUUGAUGCCCGGGGCCGAUGUCGCUGUAGCAAAUGGUGCAACAAGAAAUUCGAGUAUCCCCUGGGCCGAUGUGGCAAAUGGGGCGGUGUUGUGUGCUGUAGGCGCUGGUGGGGUGGAUAUGGAGGCGGAUACGGAGGCGGAUACGGAGGCGGAUAUGGUGGCGGCUAUGGAGGCGGCAUGGGCUGGGGAGGAUACGGAGGUGGAUAUGGGGGAUAUGGGGGCGGAUACGGAGGUGGAUAUGGAGGUGGUUGGGGUGGAUACGGAUGGGGAAAGAGGGGCGGUUAUGGAGGUUACGGUGGAGGUUACGGUUAUGGUGGCGGUUAUGGUGGUUAUGGCGGUGGCUAUGGAUGGGGCAAGAAAUAUUGAACCAUCUCGGCAUAAACUGGAAUUUCGGACCUUUUACUGGAACGUUUUACCGGACAGAGAAUCUUUGCUCAAUUUACUUUUCUGUUAUCUCAGUAAAAAUAAAUAUAUCUAAACUCGCA